AUGGCACCAAAAGUCGACCCUCAGAACCUCAGAAAGACGUUUGGGCGCUUUCGAGUUCUGAUCGUAGGAAGGGCGAACGCAGGCAAAACGACCAUCCUUCAGAAGGUUUGCAACACCACGGAAAAGCCAGAGAUUUACAAUGCCAAAGGAGACAAGGUUACAUGUGCAUUGAUGGACUCUCAGCGUGGAAAUCACGACAUCACGAACGAGAUGGUAUUCAAAAGCAAUCCCGGUUUCGUCUUUCACGACUCGUGCGGUUUUGAAGCGGGCUCUGUAGAAGAAUUCGAGGACAUGAAGAAAUUUAUCGCAGAACGCGCGAACACGACAAAGUUGGAGGAACGAAUCCACGCUGUGUGGUAUUGUGUUCCGAUGGACGAUCAUUGCCGAACAUUCCAGCGGUCAGAGGAGAAGUUUUUCUCCGAAUGCGACACUGGAAAUGUCCCUGUAAUUGUGGUCUUCACCAAGUUUGAUGCCCUACGUCCAGUUGCAUUUGGAGAAAUCAAGAAGCAACUGAUCGGGGUGUCGAAAGAAGAGCGCUUGGAGAAAAUCGCCCAGCGUGUCGAACAACUAUUCAUGAGUACGGGUGUCUUGGAUCGGUUGUAUGCCCCCAAGAACCGUGCACGUCCGAAGUGCCAUGUGCGCUUGCAGAAUAUGAACAAAGAGGAUACAGGCUGUGAUGCACUACUAGAGCACACUACUUUUGCAUUGGAUGACGAAGAAUUACGCUUGUGCUUGGUCUCAACACAACAGUCAAACCUAGAACUUUGUAUCAAGUGUGCCAUCGAAAUGGUUGUUGAUUGUGCAAAUAAGCAAUCCUUGCUGCGUCUGACUGAUCUUGAACGGUACCAGUAUGACAUUGCUAAGUGGUUUUCAUAUCUCAAAGUAAGACAAUGAUUGAUUGAAUAUGAUGAUGUCUUGGUGAUGGUGCUAACUAAUGUUGUUGUUUGAUGAUAG